AUGACUCUGAGGUUAAUAUCUAAGUUAGCAAGCCCGUCUGCUUUGAGGCGUUGUGCUCUGGCUUCUUCUAAAUCACAAGCUUUUGGAACCGCUUCGUUAUUGCAAAGAUCCGCUAUUCGUAAUGCUGUAUCUGGCCCUGGUGGCAAUAUCUAUACAGCACGAUCUCUUCACACUACGGCCAUUGCCCACCAUGGUCAUGUACAUAAGCCCAAUCCUGGUGAGGAGCUCCAUGUGACAUUUAUCACUAAAGAAGGAGAACAGAUUCAACUGGAGGUUGCCGAAGGGGAUAAUCUUCUCGAUAUUGCUCAAGCUCAUAACAUGGACAUGGAAGGAGCAUGUGGCGGAUCUUGUGCAUGCUCUACUUGCCACGUUAUUGUGGAUCCUGACUACUACGAUAAAAUGGAAGAACCAGAUGAUGAUGAAAAUGAUAUGCUUGAUCUUGCAUUUGGACUCACUGAGACUUCCAGACUCGGCUGUCAAAUUAAAAUGACCAAGGAACUUGAUGGCGUUCGGGUCGCACUUCCAGCUAUGACUCGAAAUUUACAAGCCCGUGAUUUCCAAUGA